AUGUUUCGCAACACAUUUCAAUCUGGAUUUCUUUCUAUUUUAUACAGCUUAGGUAGUGAACCGUUGCAGCUUUGGUCCUGUCAUACUCCUAAAGAAGGGGAGGAAGGAUACGACGAUAACGAAGCACACAUUGAGCGUGUUGCCGACGAUCUCAUCAGCAGUACAGUGAUCGAGCUAGUAUCACCAAAUCUGAGCAACACAUAUAUCACUUGCCCUCAUCAUCCUCAGCGCACACUUGGCAUUAAACUACCAUACCUCGUUCUUAUCGUGAAAAACCUUGACAAAUAUUUCUCGUUCGAAGUGCAGGUAUUGGAUGACACGGAGGAGACUCGACGUUUUAGAGCAUCCAACUAUCAGGUUACAACACGAGUGAAGCCUUAUAUUACUACCAUGCCAAUGCGAUUAGAUCCAGGAUGGAACCAAGUUAUAUUCAACUUGGGAGACUAUGUCAAGAAGGGAUAUGGAACAAAUUACAGCGAGACAAGUCGAGUAACUGUGCAUGCCAAUUGCAGAAUAAGACGUAUAUAUUUCACGGAUAGGAUUUACGGAGAAGAUGAACUACCAGCCGAAUUCAAACUGUUUCUACCUGUAAGUGGUUGA